AUGGCGCCGCAGCCCAAUUUGAGCGAGGUCCUUGUGCUAAGAGAACAGUUUCAGAGCUGCGAUCAGGUGGUCAGUCUGAGGGAAGAUGAGUACCGGAUACUAAAGGAUGGAUCCAUAUUUGUAUACAAAAAUGUCCAAAUCUUGGGCAAAGAAGAGUAUUGCCUCUAUCCCCAGUUUAAUUCGGAAUUCCCACAGUCCAUUUGGGUUGUUCAUCACAUUUGCAACAAGGUUUUGCUGCCAGCGACCAUCGAGAUCACGAUAAUAUCCGUAAUAUGUUACAUUCUCACAUUGUCAGUGUAUCUUUACGUCAAAAAGCUUCGAAAUGUCCUCGGCAAGGUUCUUAUAUGUAGCUUAUUCUGCACGCUCUUCAAUAAUCUUACCUUGGUACUGGAUGAAUUUAAUAUAUUAAACCGCAUUUGCCUCAUAUCAGGUUACUUUAGAUACUUCUCCAUGUUGGCCUACAAUCUCUGGAUGUGUGUUAUCAGCUUUCAUUUAUGGAAAUCAUUGACGUCCAUGAGUCGUGAGGAACCUCGCUUUCAGUUUUGUGAAUACAGUGCCUUUGCUUGGGGCAUGGCUGCUUUUCCAACAGGAGUUAUUUAUCUAAUUAAUGAAGUUUGGGAGAAGGAUCUCCAUAAAUGGAACUGGAUGCCCCUAGUGGGUUAUUAUAAUUGCGAGCUGAGAGAUAUCGGGCCCUCUUCAUUCAUAUACUUAAUUGGACCAAUGCUGAUUCUAACCAUUUUAAUUGUGAUCAUGUUUGUUCUAACGGUUAUUGGCAUUUAUAAAGUUAAGAGGGAGCUAAAGAAGUUAAAUCAAGAUGAGGAGAUGACAAUACAAUGCUUCAGCUUUGAUACUGAAACGUAA